AUGGCUGAACCGUCUCAGCGCAGAUUGUGGUGUGCGUUCUCUGACAAUAUUGAUAAUAUGUUCCCCAUAGACUGCAAUAUCAAUGUUGACUCGAUCGCCGAUGUCAAAAAGAAGAUUUGGUCGGAAAGUCAACCCAAGCUUGCUCAGGUUGCUUCCUGGGAACUCGAUCUCUACAGCCCUUCCAGCCCAGUCAAGAAUAUUCCUACGAGGGAGAACCUUGUACAUCUCCAUCCUCGCAAACGAAUCUUAUCCGACUUCCCUCGAUCCAAUGAUCCAGACAUUGAUAUCAUUGUUAUACAACCAGAAGAGCAACAGCAUUCUAUCGCUACCCAAGUGUCAAAUUCUCCCAGACUUGAACCAUGUCGAAUGAUAUGCACGCGAGAUGAAACGGUAUCAAGACUUGCGGAAGUCAUUGAUUCACAAAACAUCGUCCACGUACGUGGCACCCCAGCAAGUGGAAAGUCAACACUCUCGCUUCUAUUAAGGGACUAUUAUCGCCGGAAUGGAAGAACAGUUUUUUGGCUUGGGAUAUGGGAACAAAAUCUUCGGGAGUUUGGUGAUGAGGACCCUUGGGCGAAUCUAGCUCGAUAUAUCAGGUGCAACUACCCGAGGCUUGAUAAGAAACAGAAUAUAUUUGCCAAUGGUAAUGUGAUCAUCAUCGAUGAAGCACAAACAUCAUAUGGGGACACCGCAUUAUGGAAUCAAAUCAUCAAAGAUAUCCGUGGUGGGAUCGGAUAUAAGGUAAAGCUGUGUCUUUUCUGUUCAUAUGGCAGCCCGUCAGAAGGCCUACCAUAUAACAGAAGGGAUCACGGCACACCUGUGGGCUUUGGUCGCGCGCAACGCAUUUCAUUGACUCCGUCAGGGGAGCUCGGAUCACCACCAAUAGGCCUAUUCUACAACAGGGAUGAGUUUGAAAUAGUCGUGACGAAAUUAUGUUCUUCCGAUCCUGUUGAAAAGUAUAGCGUCGACAAUGACGCUCGAGACUAUAUAUUCAAUCUCACGAAUGGUCAUCCUGGGGCUGUAAGCUCAAUAGUAUACUAUCUUUUCCAGGUGUACCGCUCUCAAGUGAAAUAUAAAGAUAUUUCUACAAUAACACAAGAUCAUGUAACUCAAGCCUUAGCCGAUGACAACAAAGUCUUCGGUGGUCUUGAUGGAUCUAUUGUCUUCAGAUCCUUUCCUUUCCCAGGGAAACUUACACCAGAAGCUAGGAGCGCACUGAUCACAAUUCUAGAAGAUGGAUAUAUUCUAUUUGAUGAAUCAUCUGAUGGUAUUAGAUGCUGCUAUGAAAAUGGCUGGAUUCAUAGAGCAAUCCUGGGGGAUAGCUCACUGCAGCAGAAUAGCGUUGGUGUUUUGCCUUCACGCUUGCAUGAAAAGUACGUUGAGUUCUUAAUUGGUGAAACGCAAUUACAUUUCCCAGAGGCAUUUCCUACGAUUCAGAGCUUGUGUAUGGAGAUUCUCAAGCGGUUCUCUGCGAAAAAACUUCGACAUUCUGUGGAAGGCAAACUAUCAACUGCAUCGAGACUUCGACCGCUGGAGGCGCAAUAUCAGGAUGAGUUUUAUAGAGCUUUCAACUCUGUAGUAGGUCGAGGUGUACCAAUUUCCAGUGAAUGGUCCCGGGAGGGUGAUGGCCGAGUCGAUUUCUGGAUUCCACAAAAACGAUGGGGAAUUGAGCUGCUCAGGGAACACAGCAAUGUGGAUGAACAUUGUAAUCGAUUCAAGAAGGGCGGUCGGUAUUAUCCAUGGAUUGAAGCUGGCAUGCUCAAGGAUUGGAUAUUAAUUGACUGUGCCACAUCUUUACCCAGUAGUGAGCAUACAGAACCGAAACUCUGGCGCGCUGUCUUUGAGAAUGAUUAUUCCCAAUUAAUGAUGUUGGAUUAUAGAAAUAACUGUCUGAUGGGCCCUACUGUCUUAGUCAAUUAAGAGUUGAUGAGAUAUAUGGAGCUCUUAUUUGCUUUACCUAUAAUAUUUUUCUAUUAUUCCUUUUACCUCUUUCAGUCACAAAGCUAAACUAUGCAUCUCUUC